AUGACGAAGGGCAAGAAGUCGAAGAAUCAAAAGAAAAAGUUUUUUGGCCACCCGUCGAACAAGGGGAAGGUUUUCAAAAAGACGUAUCCAGCUCCGGCCAAAACAAGGGAGCUACGGAAACGCGGAGAUUUUACAUUACUGCCCACUGAUGGAUUUUCUGUCCCCAGAUGUCAACAUGGCCCAACGUUGCUUUUUGGACAGAAGAAGAAUGGUCAGAUUGAGAGCAGAUUCUUUACGUGUGCAGUCUAUAGAAACAAGGAAAAAUGCUCGUUCAAGGUUGGGGUCGACCGGGACGGGAAUCGACUGCCGCCCUUCGCCGACUGCGACAUCACACCAAAAGCCGUUAAGAACAAAUACAAUUAUAACUGCGUGAACAAGUCGUUGAAAUCAUUUGCAAAGGACGGGAAAAUUAUUUGGUGCAGUGAAUGCAUGAACAUCUUUGAAAAUCGCCAUCCGCACCCAGACUGCCAAUUUCUCGAGCGAAAGAUGGUGAAAUAUCCAUCGAAGUUUCUGGACGCGUUGGUCGAUCCUCUUGCAGAAGCGCAAUUCUUCUUCUCUGAUGAAUCUCUGACGAUCCUGAAGCAAUUGGUGACGGGGAAUGGAGCAGAUUCGGUCCUGUGUAUUGGCGCCCCAAGGCUGAUGGAAGCGUUACGUGCCGAGAAAAGUGUACCAAACUUGUUCAUGCUCGACAUUGAUAAACGUUUUGCAUCUUUCUACAAAAGCGUCCAAUUUGCCCAAUACAGUAUGCUGACGCAUCAUUUCUUCGACCCGAAAAGCGAAUCCAAGUUCAAUGAUUUCCUCGGCAAAGCCAAGAAGCUGGUCGUGGUCUGUGAUCCACCUUUCGGGCUAUUUGUCGAACCGUUGAUGGCGAGCAUCCAGAAGAUAAAAACGGCAUUUGAAGCCCAUGGAAAAGCCGAUAGAACUUUUGACACGGUUCUGAUCAUGCCAAUUUUUGUGGGUAAGCGAGCCCUGUUUCUGGACAAGGAACUCCAUAUGCACGAUUACAAGGUCACCUAUUCCAAUCACAAGUCGUUUGCGAAGCCGCAGAGGAGCAGCGUUCGGAUUUUUACAAAUAUCCCGGCGACGAAGAUUGACCUGAAAGAUCUGGAUGGAUACAAAUUCUGCGAUUAUUGCGAGUACUGGGUGCACAACGAUAAUAAGCACUGCUUUAUGUGCAUGAAAUGUACUUCCAAGGACGGAUCGGAGUACCGCCACUGCGGACCCUGCAUGCGCUGCUUCAAGGCGGCCUACAGACAUUGCAAGACCUGCGAGCGCUGCCAUAUUCCCGGAAGAUGCCAAAAAGCUGAAGGUUCCAAGAAAAUUUCCGAUGAGCCACAGGCGUAUGAAGCUUACGAGGAUGAGGAAGAGGCCUACGGCGAGGAGGAGGAAGGAGAAGAA